UAAGGAUGCAAGGUCUAAUAUUCAUUCUUCUUUCCAUCCUCUUGACUCCUUCUCUUAGUUCCUGUGCUAGGGUUCUUCUUUCUCCAGCUGCAGGAGAUACUUUCAAUGUGAUUCAUUAUGGUGCUGUUGGAAAUGGCCAAACUGACGAUUCACAAAGUUUUCUAAAAGCAUGGGCGGACGUGUGUGGAGCAUCUGAAGGCACCCCAACACUCGAAAUACCAAACGGAAUGACAUUCAUGCUGAGCCCUGUUGCUUUCAAAGGCCCCUGCAAAGCCAACAGCGUCCAUGUUCUGCUUCAAGGAACGAUUGUUGCACCAAGCAGAGAUGCAUGGAAUGGCAAGAAUGAGUGGAUUCAAUUCGCAGAAAUAAAUGGCCUAAUGAUCGAUGGGGGUGGACAAAUUGAUGGUCAGGGUUCUUCUUGGUGGCAAGAUUGCAAGUCGAAUUGCGAGCGCCCAACGGCUCUUCACAUCAACGAUUGUCAUGCCUCCAGGCUAACUGGAAUAAAGCAUCUGAAUAGCGCUAAAAACCAAAUAAGCAUUAGUGGCUGCAGUGACUUCUACAUAUCUGAUCUCGAAAUCACUGCCCCUGGCGAAAGCCCAAACACUGAUGGAAUUGACAUCUCUCGCUCUAGCGCCAUUACUAUUGAAAAAUCCAUAAUAGGAACCGGUGAUGACUGUAUUGCUAUUAAUGGCGGCACGUCUAAUAUCAAAAUCACCCAAGUUACUUGCGGUCCGGGCCACGGGAUAAGCGUUGGAAGCCUUGGAGAAGAUGGAAAAUACGAUACAGUAGAAGACGUAUACGUGGGAGGCUGUACUUUCAAGGGGUGUCAAAAUGGUGCAAGAAUCAAGACGUGGGCUGUGAGGAUCAAAAUGGCCAUGGCUAUAUAUAUUAAUUAA